CUGCACGCACGUCGGGGGCGGGAGCGGCGCGCGCAACUCCUCGGGCCAAUAACUGCGCAGCGCGCGGGACCCGGGGCGGUGGGAAGCUCGGGCUGCCGUGGGGUCCGCAAGGGAGCCAGUGCGGCGGAGCCAUGGUCGGCCAACUGAGCGAGGGGGCCAUUGCGGUCAUAAUGCAGCAGCAGGAUACAUUCAUCAAACCCAUCCUCCAAGUCAUCAACAUCCGUCCCAUCACCACAGGGAACAGUCCGCCACGUUAUCGACUGCUCAUGAGUGAUGGAGUGAACACUCUGUCAUCUUUCAUGUUGGCCACACAGUUGAACACUCUUGUUGAGCAAGGACAAUUGGCCAGCAACUGCGUUUGCCAGAUUAACCGAUUCAUUGUGAACACCCUGAAAGACGGAAGGAGAGUAGUUAUUUUGAUGGAAUUAGAAGUUUUGAAAUCAGCCGAAGCAGUUGGAGUAAAGAUUGGCAAUCCAGUGCCCUACAAUGAAGGACAUGGGCAGCAGCAGGUAGCUCCUCCUCCAGUUCCAGCUGCCAGCCCAGCGAGCAGCAAGCCCCAGCCACAGAAUGGAAGCUCUGGAGUGGGUUCCACUGUUCCUAAGGCUUAUGGUGCGUCAAAGACAUUUGGAAAAGCUGGAGGUCCCAGCCUGUCCAGCACUUCCGCGGGAACACAGGCCAAAGUGGUGCCCAUUGCCAGCCUUACCCCUUACCAGUCCAAGUGGACGAUUUGUGCUCGUGUCACCAACAAAAGUCAGAUCCGUACCUGGAGCAACUCCCGAGGGGAAGGGAAGCUGUUCUCUCUAGAGCUAGUUGAUGAAAGUGGUGAAAUCAGAGCUACAGCUUUCAAUGAGCAAGUGGACAAGUUCUUUCCCCUCAUUGAAGUGAACAAGGUAUAUUAUUUCUCAAAAGGCACCCUGAAGAUUGCUAACAAACAAUUCACAGCUGUUAAAAAUGACUAUGAGAUGACCUUUAAUAAUGAGACUUCUGUCAUGCCCUGUGAAGAUGAUCGUCACUUGCCUACCGUUCAGUUUGAUUUCACAGGGAUUGAUAACCUAGAGAACAAGUCUAAAGACUCACUUGUUGACAUAAUUGGGAUCUGCAAGAGCUAUGAAGAUGCCACUAAAAUCACAGUGAGGUCUAACAACAGAGAGGUUGCUAAGAGGAAUAUCUACUUGAUGGACACAUCGGGGAAGGUGGUGACUGCUACGCUGUGGGGGGAAGAUGCUGAUAAAUUUGAUGGUUCCAGACAGCCCGUGCUGGCUAUCAAAGGAGCCAGAGUCUCUGAUUUUGGUGGACGGAGCCUCUCCGUGCUGUCUUCCAGCACAAUCAUCGUCAAUCCUGACAUCCCAGAGGCCUAUAAGCUUCGUGGAUGGUUUGACUCAGAAGGACAAGCCUUAGAUGGCGUUUCCAUCUCUGACCUAAAGAGCGGUGGACUUGGAGGGAGUAACACCAACUGGAAAACCUUGUAUGAGGUCAAAUCAGAGAACCUGGGCCAAGGCGACAAGGUAAAUAUUGCAGAUUUUCAAGAGAAUCAGUGGGUGACUUGUUUCCAGGAGUCUGCUGAAGCUAUCCUUGGACAAAAUGCUGCCUAUCUUGGAGAAUUAAAAGACAAGAAUGAACAGGCGUUUGAAGAAGUUUUUCAGAAUGCCAACUUCCGAUCCUUCAUAUUCAAAGUCAGGGUCAAAGUAGAGACCUACAAUGACGAGUCUCGAAUUAAGGCCACUGUGAUGGAUGUGAAGCCUGUGGACUACAGAGAGUAUGGCAGAAGGCUGGUCCAGAGCAUCCGGAGAAACGCAUCCAUGUGAGGAGAGAGUGCUGAUUGGGCAGAAGCUUGCAGGCGAAGAGCCAAAUGGAAUCCAUUUCCUCCCGCCCCUGUGUGCCAACCCCACAUUCACUACACAGCACAGAAGCUCUUUAUGGUGGACUAAGCAAUUUCCUCCCGUGUGUAUCCCACAGCCCAGUGGUAGGCAAUGGAGAGAGUGGCUGCGGUGUAGACCGUCAGGCCCAGGGCAUCCGCCAGCCGUGUAGUGUAGGACCCGUCACCCCUUGUCUCCAGGCCUCCGUCAGUGGUGUGAAGAUUCCAUUACCAUCCAGCAGGAAUGAUGAUGUCAGUAACUGACCCUCACUGUGGACGUGAAGUAAAUGAUGUGACUGGGUUUCUGCUUCUCCAGUGGUGACCCCCUCACACCUUGGGUUGUGUCUCGGCGGGGAGAGCUGAGAAGAGGUGGUGGGACACCUGGGUGUUUCAGUAAGUGUGUCUUCCUAGAUUCAAAGGCGCUGUCUUUCUGGAGGUGUUACCUAGUAGUUGAUGCUUGGAAUGGCGAUAGGGUAGAAUUAUUAAUCAAAGGCAUAUCUUUUAUAUCUGCAGAAUAUCCUUCUUUCAGGGUUUAAUAGCCUGAGUCAGAUGGGUCUGAUACUAAUCAGAAUUGUCUCUUCUGAGGACUGCUGAUAAGCACUGACUUGCCAUCCCCUAGGGAAAUCCAGGCAACUACAAAGCAUUUCUUUAGUUUCCACUUCAAUUCGAGUUGCAUUUCGGCUGGUGAACGUAGACUCUUCCUACCUGUUCAUAGUCCUUGCAUUCGCAUAUUUUGUUUUCUCGACUAAAGCUAUGUUCAGUGGAAAGGAUUUUGAAACCUUUUUGUUUCCCUUGCUUUGUUUUAAUAAACAGUAUAUUCUUUGCUUGUGAAUCCUA